AUGCUAUUUCGGCUGGAGAAUGAUGAGACACAGAUUUCACUAGUUUGCUGGCGGCUGUGCUUCCGGAUCCAACAGGCGAUCGAGAACAAUAGUCAACAGAUCGCAUCUAAUACAUCGGCGAUCACCUCGCUGCGUUCUGUAUUCGAAGAGUCCCGUCUCAGCGCUUGGAAAUGGAACUCGGUCGACGAUGGGCCGGAAAUAAAAGAUCCAACCAACAGCAUCUUCUCACAACUUUUCAUCCCCAAGCCAGUUCUCCCCGAAAAACAUGACAUUGGAAGGCCGAAGGAAGAUCCCGUGAAUUUUCUUGGCAGUGAGACAAGCAUCCUCAAAAAUCUACAACUACAAAGCAGCGAUUGGAACGGAGCAGGCGUGCUGCACAAGUCCGAGUCAGCCGGCCAAUUGCGACCCAUCGAAUUCACGAAAUCCUUCUUGGAGGGAAUUCGCCAACGUAACGGGGCCACUGGAGAGACGAAUGGGGGUGAAGCGAAAGUUGCGCCGGCUGAGCCAAAUCACGAGAAUGAUUGGGUGAACGCGAAUACGAAGCCGACCUUCCACCCAUUCCCGAGUACACCCGCUCAACCAGCAGCUCCUACAACGAACCGCCCUCCUCCGCCAAAUCAGGUCACUUCAUUUGCUGCCGCCGCCCUCAAGGAGCGAAGGGAAAUCAACAUUCCGAAGAAGCCCGAGCCCGAAGAAACCGGACCUCGUCUUGUUCCUAUCGGCAAGAAGCCGCCGAUUAUCAUCAGACGUCUUACAACUCAAAUUCGGGGCCUGCAAAGGAAGCGCAAUGAAUUGCUCGAGACGAAACAGAUGCUGGAAAGUCUCAUCGAUAGCGGGAACUCCGCCGAAGACACCGAGGGCUGGGAGCAGCGAACAUUCGACUGGACAGAAUCCAUAGAUGAAGCUUUGAAAACGGCGACAAUCAACUCGGUGUUGAGCGGCAAUGACACGCUGUUGUUGAUGAGCACCGGCGGCGGGAAGAGUCUGUGCUACCAGUUGCCAGCCGUGAUUGCAAAAGGUCUCACCCUGGUCGUAUCACCGCUUCUGUCAUUAAUCGAAGACCAAUUGCUACACCUGAAAGAGUUGGGCAUCGAGGCGGCUACGAUAAAUGCCAACACUUCGAAAGAAGAGAAGUUGGCAAAAAGCAAGCGGUUCAUGAAUAAGCUUGAGAAAAGCAAUGAAAUUGGAUAUAUGAAGCUUAUCGCGAUCGACGAGGUCCAUUGUUGUUCUCAAUGGGGCCACGAUUUUCGGCCAGACUACAAAUUCCUCAACGUCCUCAAGCGACAAUUCAAAGAUGUUCCAAUCCUUGGUUUGACGGCGACAGCAACGGCAGCCGUUCUCGACGACGUCAAGAAAAUGCUCGGAAUUCCCGCUGCCCUCGUCUUCCGGUCCAGCUUCAAUCGGCCAAAUCUGAAAUACGAGGUCUUCCCGAAAACCGUGGAUGGCGUCACGGUGCUCGCUAAGCUGAUUAAGGACCGAUUUGAUGGACAGUCAGGAAUUGUCUACUGUUUUUCGCGGAAAGACACCGAGGAGACGGCCGAUUCGCUACGGAAAUCGGGGCUGAGGGCGUUCUGCUAUCAUGCCUAUAUGGAAGAUCACGAUAGGAAAACGGUUCAUCAGCGCUGGAUUGCCGGAAACGUACAGAUCAUUGUCGCCACAGUGGCUUUUGGAAUGGGAAUCGAUAAACCGGAUGUGCGUUUUGUAAUCCACUACACCUUGCCGAAAUCUAUCGAAAAUUACUAUCAGGAGAGUGGACGAGCAGGCAGAGAUGGGCAACCGGCCACUUGUAUUCUUUUCUGGCGUAUUCAGGACAUGUUCAAACAAAGCACAUCUGUCUCGGCCGAACGUGGCGGCGUUCAGAAUCUCUACUCCGUUGUGGAUUAUGCGACUGGUGCAUCUGAUUGCCGUCGAAUAGCUCUAUCCAGUCAUUUCGAGGAGCCAUGGGAGACGGAUUGGUGUGGAAAAAAAUGCGACAUAUGUUGCGGCGAGCAAGAGGCUGAAGAAGUGGAUGGAUACGAGAUCCUAGAAAACGCGGUGGCUAUUAUGAAAAAGGAAAAGGACAAUCCGAAGAAGAGCAGCAACGGCAAGUUGACCGGAAAAAUGCUGGUCGAUAUGCUUGUACGUGACAACGGCCAAAAGCAGAUACUCAUCGAGUGCGUGCUGGCCAGGCUUCUCGUCCUGGGAUACCUGGCGGAAGAUUUUCACUACACCGCUUACUCCGUCAUCAGCUACAUGGAAGCCGGCCCCAAGUACAAGCAGCUUACGGCCAAGACAUUGCCGCUGAAGAUCAGCAAAGCGCUACCGGGCACAAACAGUCGGAAACGGCCACUGGCUGAA